UGGAACGAUCCAUACCCGAUCUUGAUAAAAUUAGGGUUUAGAGAUUCCCCCAUUGGAAUGGGGCAGCCCUAGAGUUGCAGAACAAUGGCAUAACCAGCUAUGGCUUCCGAUCUCAAGAUCUGAGUGAGAAGUAGAUUAUGUCGGUGAGAGGGAGGAAAGUCUCCACCCGAGGGGAAGCAGUGGCAGCAAGUUAUGCUUUUGGGCCACUCGAAGAUGAUGUUAUUAUAAAACACAGGCUUCUCACCCGUACAACGACCACAAGGGGGGAACCUCCAUUGAAGAAGCUCCAGAAGAAGUUCACUUCCUUUGUUCUUGAGAUUGAAAAGGAUGGGAGUAAUCAUGAUGAUUGUGAGAAGCUUUCCAGAGCUUUCUUACAAGAGCUAUCCACGUUUGAAAUUCCUUUGCUGAAGAGUAAAGCAGUUGUGGAUGCAAAUAUUAGGGAAAAGGAGAGUUUCCAUGAGUUUAAGGAUGAGAUAAACAGACAAAUUUUGUUAGCUCAGGAUGAUAUUGAAGAUCUUAAGAAGCAGCUUGAAGAAAGCAAAAUUGAGAGGCAACACAAGGAGGAGUGUGAGGCAAUUAGGAAACUUGUAGCAGCACAGCCACCCAGGUCUGUGACACAAAAGACUAUUCUGGAGUUAGAGAAAGAGAUUGCGGCACUUGAUGCGGAGAACACAGCUAGUUCAAGGAUGCUGGAGCUUCGCAAGAAACAAUUUGCACUUCUGUUGCAUGUGGUGGAUGAGUUGCAAAACACCAUAGAGGAUGAACAGAAGAGUUUAAUGGAAGAAAUGAGAAUCACAGCUGAGGAGAACAAGAUUGGUGUGGACGAUGCUAGUGGAGGCCUGGAAGCCAUGGCUGUGGACUGAGACAGCAACCCUCUGGGAUGUUCUGGUGUAAAACUUGUAAGCAUAUUUUUCUAAAAAAAAACUCAAUAUCUAAGCUGUUAUUUAUCUCGAAAUCUUGCUCAAAGUCAAGAAAUCAAAAUGAAAUAGUUGGAUCUUCUGGAUGUUCUCCUGAAUCAAGUAAAUCUUGUUCUUAUUCUUAGAGGGGUCUUAUAGGUGAAACGACAUGCCAUGGUAAAGGAAUAAACCCAUUUCCUAUGGAUGUUUAGGAGUCAUGUUUCUCUGUACCGGAAAUGUGAGUGAAACUUUUAGUUCGAUGAAAUUGUUAUCACUGACUU